GUCUCUGAGAAGUGAAAUGGCGCAGCGAGGAAUUCAGCUGGACUCGGCAAAAUUCUGCUGUUCGAUCUGUUUGGAUCUGCUGAAGGAUCCGGUGACUAUUCCCUGUGGGCACAGCUACUGCAUGAGCUGUAUUAAAGACUGCUGGGAUGGAGAGGAGCACAAGGAAAUCCACAGCUGCCCCCAGUGCAGGCAGACCUUCACACCGAGACCUGUGCUGGUGAAAAGUGCCAUGUUAGCAGCGUUGGUGCAGGAAGUGAGGAAGACGGGACUCGGAGAUGGAGAUCUUCAAGAGAACAUCUGCUCUCGUCACAAUGAGGUGAUGAAGAUUUUCUGCCGCACCGAUCAGCAGUUUAUCUGUUAUCUCUGCUCCAUGGAUGAACACAAAGGCCACGACACAGUCUCGGCUGCAGCAGAGUGCACUGAGAAGCAGAGUGAGCUCCGGGUGAGACGGCAAAAAAUCCAGCAGAGAAUCCAGGACAGAGAGAAAAACGUGAAGGUGCUUCGGCAGGAGAUGCAGGCCAUCAAUCGCAUUGCUGAUGAAGCAGUGGGGAGCAGCAAGAAGGUGUUCACCGAGCUGGUUUGUCUCAUCGAGAAAAGAAAGUCUGACAUGAAGCAGCAGAUCAGAUCCGAGCAGAAAGAGGAAGUGAGACGGAUUGAAGAACUUCAGGAGAAGCUGAGACAGGAGGUGGUGGACCUGAGGAGGGAAGACGCCGAGCUGGAGCAGCUCUCACACACAGAGGAUCACAACCAUUUUCUGCACAGUUACCCCUCACUGUCACGUCUCAGUGAAUCUGCAGAGUCGCCCAGCGCCGAUAUCCAUCCUCUGCGCUACUUUGAGGAUGUGACUGCGGCGGUGUCACAGUUGAGAGAUAAACUCCAAGACAUUCUUAGUGAGGAAUGGUCUAAAAGCUCACUGACAGUGACUGGAGUGGGUGAUGUUUUACUGACACCAGGAGAGCCCAAGACCAGAGCUGAACUCUUACAGCAUUCACGUCAACUCACACUGGAUCCAAACACAGCGCACGUAUGGCUGUCAUUAUCUGAGGGGAACAGAAAAGUCACAUUAGAAGUAUUAACUUUGGAAGAAGAGCGCUUAGGCCUAAGCUCAUCUUUUUUUUCCACAAACAAGUUCUUUGGUGCAUCUCAGGUCCUGAGCAGAGAGGGUCUGACUGGACGUUGUUACUGGGAGGUGGAGCGGAAGGGGAGAAGAAUUUCAAUAGCUGUCGCAUAUAAGAAUAUUAGCAGGACAGGGAGCGAAUGUGUGUUUGGAUGCAAUGACAAGUCUUGGGCACUGGAUUGUUUUGACGAUUGUUAUCAGUUCAGUCAUAGCAAUAUUGCAACUCCCAUAUCAGGCCCUCAGUCCUCCAGAAUAGGAGUGUACCUGGACCACAGUGCAGGUAUUUUGUCCUUCUACAGCGUCUCUGAAACCAUGACUCUGCUCCACAGAGUCCAGACCACGUUCACUCAGCCGCUCUAUGCUGGGAUUUGGCUUUGGACUCAUCCUGGAGCCACUGCUGAGCUGUGUAAGCUCAAUUAAAAAUGUAGAUUUUAA